UUGUCCCCAGAACUCCCACUGCACUAUGUCUAUCAGGAGGAGGAGGCUCCUGCUGACCUGCUUCAUGAUCAGGAGAGGAACUCUGGUCUGCACCAGAAGGAUCCAGACCAUCGCCAGAUAAAAGAGGAACAGGAGGAUCUCUGCACCAGUCUGAACCAGGAGGACCCAGAGCCUCCACAGAUGAAAGAGGACCAAGAGGAACUCUGCACCAGUCUGGACCAGGAGGACCCAGAGCUUCCACAGAUGAAAGAGGAACAAGAGGAACUCUGCACCAGUCUGGACCAGGAGGACCCAGAGCUUCCACAGAUUAAAGAAGAACAAGAGGAACUCUGCACCAGUGUGGACCAGGAGGACCCAGAGUCUCCACAGAUGAAAGAGGAACAAGAGGAACUCUGCACCAGUGUGGACCAGGAGAACUCAGAAUCCUCACAGAUUAAAGAGGAACAGGAGGAACUCUGCACCAGUCUUGAAGGACAGCUGCUUGUGCAGAAUCAGGAGAGUGAUACCUUUAUAGCAACUCCUACUUAUAAAGAAAGGGACCACAGUGACACAGAACCAAACAGUUACCAGCUACUCUGUCACAACUAUUUCGUAGCUGAGAGGUCAGAUCAGGAAAGAAGCAAGCAUGCAGACUUAGAACCAACUACAAAUGCAAAGCUGAAGCAAACAAAGACACAUCACAGAAACAGCAGUCACAGUCACAAUAUAGACAACACUCCCAUGGCUGAGAGUCACUGUGAAACUGACACAGGGAAAAAGACUUUAACAUGUGAAGUCUGUGGAAAAGCCUUUAAAAAUAGACACAGCUUGAAGAAACAUUACAGCAGUCAUACAGAUGAGAAGCUGUUUGCUUGUAAGGCGUGUGAGAAAAGUUUCAGGGAUAGAGCUCACCUAAAAGUCCACAUGAGAACUCACACAGGUGAGAAGCCAUAUAACUCACACAGAUGA